UCCUUUCGCUAUCUCCUAAUAGCAUGAGAGUUAUUCUAACUCCCACAGAUAAAUUAUCCUGGUUUUCGCCAGCUCGAUUUUAUUUAUCCCAAAGUACGUGUAUUCACAGACUUUCAUUUUAUUUUAAGGAGUAGAUUUAUUUGAAAAUAGCGAUAUAUGAAUGUCAAUAACAUACGAACCCGCAUGAGCGUCUGCUAGAGAUCGUGACGUAUACCGACUGCUUAACGUUACUUGACAAAACAUAAACAUCUACAGAUAAAGGUGUUUUGGGAUGGAGCUGCAGGCGGUGCUGAUGGCAGCUGGUGGAGGCUCCAGAAUGAUGGACCUCACCUAUAACACCCCAAAACCAUUGCUACCUGUGGGCAACAGACCCCUUAUCUGGUACCCCCUCAACCUGCUGGAGAGAGUUGGCUUUGAAGAGGUGAUUGUCAUUACUACAAAAGAGGUUCAGAAGGCCCUGAGCACAGAUCAGCGGCUGAAGAUGGAUGUGAAGAUGAAGCUGGAUGUGGUAUGCAUUCCGGAGGAGGGUGACAUGGGCACUGCGGAUGCCCUUCGACACAUCCAACAGAAGAUCAAGACAGACAUCUUAGUGGUGAGCUGUGACCUGAUAACAGAAGUGGCCCUGCAUGAGGUCGUGGACCUCUUCCGUGCCCACAACGCCACGCUGUCCAUGCUCAUGAGCAAAGUGAACGACUUCACAGAGACCGUCCCCGGCCAGAAGGGCAAGAAGAAAGCAGCGGAACAGCGGGACUUCGUGGGCAUUGAUGGCACUGGGAAGAGAUUACUCUUUAUGGCAAAUGAGGCAGAUUUAGAGGAAGGCCUUGUUAUCCGAAAGUCCAUCAUGCGCAAACAUCCCAGAAUGCUGAUCAAAACAGGCCUGCUGGAUGCCCACCUAUACUGCCUGAAGAGAUCUGUGGUUGAUUUCUUAGUAAACAACAAGUCUGUCACUUCUAUCAGGGGUGAAUUGGUGCCUUUUUUGGUGCGUAAACAGUUCUCGAGGACCUUUAAUUCUCAAAACACCACAGAGGAUUUAGAGAAGAGUCAGAAAAAAGAGGAUGUUCAUGCAGGUUUGGAGCUCCUCAGCAUUGGCAAAGAUGACGCCCUCCUUCAGCUUGCUCAGGAGAGGUCGUGCUGGAACGACCAUCGCGGAGACAUGUGCGAUGCCUACCACGGAGGAAAGCUACGCUGCUACGUUCACAUCAUGGAGGAGGGCAUGUGCUAUCGCGUGAACACCCUGGCGGCUUUCAUAGAGGCCAAUCGUGUGGUCCCUAAGCUGUUUGAGGAGCCUCCCAUCCACCCGACUGCGAUUGUCUCAGAACGAUUUCUGGUUGGAAGCGAUAGCAUUGUUGGGCCGAACUGUCAGAUAUCAAACAAAACAUCAGUCAAGCGUUCAAACAUUGGUGCAUCGACUACGAUCAAGGAGAAGGUCAAGAUUAUAAACUCCAUCAUCAUGAAUGGAGUGACUAUUGAAGAGGGGUGCAACAUUCAAGGUAGCGUGAUCUGCAACAAUGCUGUGAUUGGACGCGGAGCCGACAUCAAGUACUGUCUGGUGGGGAGCGGUCAGCGUGUGGAGCCGGAGGCUGAAAGAACCAAUGAUGUCAUUGUUGGAUCAGACCAGCUCAUGGAGAUCUAGAACCCUGGUGGAGAUGGAUCGCAGGACCGAUGAAGUGCUGACCGACCUCCUUCCGUGUGCAGAUCCAUUUUUUGUAUUCAAAUAAAAAGUGGAUUUAUUUAUCAAAA